AUGUGUGAUAUCUUGGUUGAUGGUUUAACCCGUCUAGGUGUAGUUGGUGGAUCAGGUGUUGGUGACGGGGACGAGGAUGAACUAGCAUCAAGAAGUCCAACUCCAACAGCAAACAUCAUUAUGGAGGAGAGAAUGGAAACAGGUUCUGUCCCGUUAUUAAAAACUGAAGAUCCAACCACAGUAGUGAAGGAUUCAGUCUCAGAUUCUACACAUUCCACAGAACCAUCUUCUUACCUAGCCCCUCCAGCUAACCCUGACGGUCAGGAGGAGGCGCCAAUACUUGAGAUGGAAACAGGUGAUGCUGAUCCUGAGCAACCAAUGGAAGAGGUAGAGCAUGAUGAAGAGGGGGAGGAUGAGGAGGAAGAAGAUGAGGAGGAGGAAGAAGAGGAAGAAUCUUUGUAUAUCCCUCGGCUACUAGAUGCUGAAGGGAAUAAGACAACUGUUCCUCGUGACAGCGUGCUUGAUGUAAUGUCCUGGAAAUGCAGUCACGUGACCCAGUUCCUUGAAAUCAAUGAGUGCUCCAACCUUGUCCCAGCUUUCAAAGACAAGGGAAUAAAUGGAGUUCUGUUCAUGAAUCUGACCAAGGCUGAGAUAAUGAGUUUAUCUCAGAACAAGAUUGGUCCUUGUCUUAAGAUAGAAAAUCUUCAAGGACUUCUCAAGAGCCGUAUGACCUCCGCGCAACUCCGACUUUUCACCAGAUCAUAAGAUGGGCGAAGCUUAAGAUCUUAUUCAAGUUUAUCUUAAGCUCAAAUUAUUAUAUUAUUAUGUGAGAUUUCGAAAAAGAAAUGGUUGAAAGUUUCUCCUAUUAUUCUGGAACAAAAAGAAACAAAACGAUAUUUGCUCGACAUUACCCUGAAGUUAGUUUUUCGAGUUUUGGCAAAUUUAAUAUGAAUACGAAUUGAAAAUUAAUCUCUCGAAUUGCAAAAUGUAAAUUAUAUAUUUUGGUCUAGUGGACUAGGAAUACUUAAACAAAUUCCCUGUGUAGUGUGGGUAUUACAGAUCAUUGUGUAUUGUACAAUGCCUGAUACAUGCUGACCGGAAAUCCUCCGUCAAAGUUUGUGCAAAAAUGUCGCGAGCACAAGAAACUAAAGCAGUAAAAUACGAAUUAAGCUUUAAGAUAUUUAGUUUGUUUACGAUGUUAUUAAAAAAGCUGAUCUAAAUACAUAUUUAUCAUCUAAA